CACCACGUCUUCCGCACCUCUAUUCCUAUCCACACUCAACGGCAGAACUCGUAGAGCGACUGGUAAGAUACAUUUUGACGGGCCUAUGUUACCCGUACCACCGUCGCCGAGCAUCGUAGUCAACGAAUUCAGAGCUACGAAUUCGUUGAUCGUAGUUGAGUGCGAACUGUUCGGGAAGGGCGUCCGGCGACAAUUAAAAUCUUGGGCUUCAUUAAACCUACUUCGCUGGCUGUCUUAUAAGAAUCUUUAGUCAACGCCGAAAUUAAUAAUACAUGGAGUUCAGUGGUUUGAACUAAUUGAACGAAGAAUUUUGUGUAACUAUGCAAGACACUGGAAAAGUCCAAUAUCGGUGGAAGUAAGCAUGUCGUCCCUACGUCUGAAUAAAUUGAAAAAAAAAGCAUUGUCAGACCUCUCUGAUAAACCUAAAAAAAAAACUGAUAGAUUCGAAGGACUUACAGCGGAGGUUCUACAAUCAUGCAAGCUUCCAGAUAUACUUCAAGACCAUUUAGACAUGGUUUUUGUUGGCAUUAAUCCAAGCCUAACUGCAGCAUACCGAAAACGCUAUUACGCCGGUCCGGGAAACCACUUCUACAAGCUAUUGUAUGAAUCUGGACUAACACCACGUCUGCUAAGUCACGAAGAAGACUCUACCUUGCUAGAAUACAGUAUAGGCCUAACAAAUAUCGUUGAAAGACCGUCAAGAUCUUCAUCAGAUUUGAAGAAAUCUGAGAUUAAAGAAGGAGCCAAGAGAAUAGAGAAAAAGUUGAUGCGAUUUCAACCAAAGGUAGCCAUUUUCAAUGGCAAGGGUAUUUAUGAAAUUUUCUCGAACAAAUCUGCCAAAUCAGAUUUUAGUUUUGGUUUACAGCCAGUGCGAAUAGGUAAUACUGCUAUUUGGGUUGUGCCAUCAAGCAGUGCUCGUUGUGCACAUUUCCCCAGAAUGGUUGAUAAACUGCACUUUUAUUCUGCGCUUAGUAAGUACCUGCUUCAUCUCAAUGGAAAAUUAUCUGAAAUUGAUGAACGAGAGUUCUCAUUCGAAGGUAAAUGCAAGAUAUCUAUACCAACAACUUCUAAAAUGUGGAGAAGAAAAGAAACAUCUGCUUUCAUGCAUGGCGGAAGAGUUGCUAACAAAGAAACACUUCUGAACAUUUCUGAAACAUCACUACCAAAUGUGCACAGUCCUGAUGAUUGUUCUGUGGAGCUAAAAAUUGCAAAAAAUUCGGAGAUGAUAGAAUGCGAGCUGUCCUUUGAAAAAAAUCUUGAUGAAAGCACACAAAAUCAGACUAAGGCCACACUAGAUCAUCUGAAUGUACAGGCAGGACAUUGUGAGGAAAAAAGUGUAGAGGUUGAAUCUAAUCACCACAGUUGCUUAGCACCAAUAAACAGGAUUGAAUGUAACCAUACAGUAGACUUUGUUGACCUAAUUAAACAACGGCUUUCUCAAAAAGAUACCAGCGAUGCAAAUGAUUCUGUUGAUUUUGAAGAUCGAUAUUCCAACCAUUCAAAUCCAACGGUGCAAAGAAGGCAUGUAACAAAGCUAAAAUAUUCCAUGCUGAAACUGAAUAGAUCUAAUUUUUUCGAAUUUCAAAAAUCUCGAGUAAAAUUCAGUGACUCUGAUACAUGAACUAAAAUAAUUGUUCCGAAGUAGUUACAGCAUAUUUGUAAUACAAGCCAGCAUGCAGAUUUUUUGUGCGUAUGAUGAAAACUUAAUCGAAGGAACAAACCGAUGUCGAUAAUGUUUCAAGAAUCUACUAGAUAAUUUAUUGAUACUAUAAAGCAAUGAUAAAAAAAGCUUGGAUUUUAAUGUAAAACCUUCAACGCUGUGUACUGAUAUAAUCAUUUUCGUAACAUUGAUCCAAUGCAUUAUAGUUGUUAUAAAACUUGUCACGUUAACAUUUAA